ACGAGGGUGUUAUCGUCUAUUCCUUGUACGUUAUCCUCUCCCACUCACAGCUACUCUGCUUCUCUCUCAAGGUCACAAAAAGGCCACUUCUUUGCAAUCCCAAUCCAUUUCCCAUAGAAAUUUAGGGGGUAAAAAUGGCCCUUUCUGUUUCUUCCCUAGCAUCAUCCCUUUCGUCUCUCUCUUUUUCUUCUCAGAUUUCCCGGAAUCCAAACACUAUUUCAAUUCCCCAACCUCCGAAAACCCUCACCAUUUCUCUCUCCUCCAAAACCACCCGUUCCCUUUCCGUUGCCGCCACUGUGGCAGCCCCGGUCGAAGCGGAACCGGUUGAGAACCUCAAGAAAUACGUUAAGUCCAGGCUCCCUGGUGGGUUCGCGGCUCAGACUAUCAUAGGGACGGGUCGUCGGAAAUGCGCCAUUGCUCGCGUGGUUCUCCAGGAAGGCACUGGGAAGUUCAUUAUCAACUACCGCGACGCUAAGGAGUAUCUUCAAGGGAACCCUUUAUGGCUGCAGUACAUAAAGGUCCCAUUGGUAACAUUGGGGUAUGAGGCGAGUUACAAUGUAUUUGUGAAAGCUCAUGGGGGUGGCCUUUCAGGACAGGCUCAAGCAAUCUCCCUCGGCAUUGCUCGUGCAUUGUUGAAGGUGAGUGCGGACCAUAGGAGCCCUUUGAAGAAAGAAGGGCUUUUGACCAGGGACUCCAGGGUGGUGGAGAGGAAGAAAGUUGGGCUCAAGAAGGCUCGUAAAGCUCCGCAGUUUUCCAAGCGUUAGGUGUUUGGGGACUUGAAUUACACAUUUCCUCUCAUGGUUGGUUUGUAGAAAAUACUCUCUCAGUAACAUUUCCUGAUGAAUUCUUGCAAAAUUUCCAAA